AUGGGCACUGAUAGGCGAAACUGAUGGGCACUGAUGGGCGGCACUGAUGGGCAGCACUGAUGGGCACUGAUGGACAGCAACGUUUCCAGGGGCGGACUGACAACUCAUGGGGCCCCCGGGCAAUAGGGGAUCAUGGGGCCCCUAUGUCCUUGCCCAAACUCAAAAAAGCCUAUGAAAAAGGUACCAGGGGCAUCUCAUGGGGCCCCCUACUGAGCCCGGGCCCUCGGGCAGUGCCCAGGUUUCCAAAUGGUCAGUCCGCCCCUGAGCGUUUC